AACAGACUCUACACUCUACAGUAUCAGUGCUAUAAUUGUGCUUAAGUUACAACCUAACCAAAUUGCGUAAUACACUACACACAAUGGCGCCAGUUCUCCAGAAAGUGCUAGACCCAGUGACGUUGGGUGAGGGUCCGCACUGGCACAGCGAGGAGCAGGUGCUGUACUUCGUGAGCAUCGGAGACGCCACCGUCCACAAGUAUAAUCCGACUACUGGCAAACAUGUCAGGGCUAAAUUAGAGCAUAAGCCACAUUUUAUUCUACCUGUUGAGGGAAAGAAAAAUCACUUCCUGAUCACUCAAGGCCGCAAAGUGGUGGAGAUCGAGUGGUUCGGAGACGAGAACCCUCCCAAAGUCUUGAGGACUAUCACAGAGGUAGACCAUGACUUCCCGAGUAAUACAAUCAAUGACGGCAAGGCAGAUCCCUGGGGAAGACUAUUCACUGGUACGAUAGGGAAAUUCGUGGGUCCGAAUCUAAACAUGACAAAGGAGGGCUCUCUAUAUCGUAUUGACCCCGAUAGCACUACAACGAAGUUCGCUACAGAUAUCAUCUGCUCCAACGGCCUUUGCUGGGACCUGAAGGAGAAGGCUUUCUAUUACGUAGACUCACUGACUUACGCAAUCCAGAGGUUCGACUAUGAUGUGGAGACCGGUGACAUUUCGAACCCUAGAUAUAUAUUCAAUGUCAAGGAGCAUGAAUUGGAGGGCUUCCCAGACGGCAUGACCAUCGACACAGACGGGAACCUGUGGGUCGCGGUGUUCGGGGGAUCAUGUGUUCUAAAAAUAGACCCAAGAACCAACACCAUUCUGGAAACCAUCCCUGUACCGGCAAAGCAGGUGACGUCAGUGACCUUCGGAGGUCCAAACCUGGACAUGCUGUAUGUGACUACUGGACGCAUGGAAUUCGAGGGACCACAGCCUCCCCCACCUGCAGGAUCCGUCUUCUCCGUCACAGGAAUCUCCGCCAAGGGUCAUCCGAAUGUUAAUGUCAGAGUGGAUAAGAGCAUUGCAAUUUCUGUUUCUUUUUUGCCAGAUCAAAUGACGUAUUUGGUGCAGAAAGUAACAGAUCCAGUGAAGCUGGGCGAGGGACCACACUGGGACCAUGCGAAGCAGGUGCUUUAUUUUGUCAGCAUCAUGGACUCCACUGUCAACAAGUUUGUGCCAGCUAUUAAGAGACUCACUACGGUUAAACUAGACGUCGCACCACAUUUCAUAAUUCCUGUUGAAGGCAAAAGGAAUCAUUUCAUCAUCAACCAAGGACGGAAAGUCGUUGAGAUCGAGUGGUCUGGCAUGCAGAAUAGCAUCAAGAUCCUAAGAAUCAUUGCAGAAGUGGAUGAUGAUCACCCCACAAACACCUUUAAUGAUGGAAAGGCUGAUCCCAGAGGAAGGUUGUUUUCUGGCACAAUGGCUCCAGGAAUUGAUGAAGAAUCUUUAAAAAGCAAGAAAGGCUCUCUAUACCGCAUCGACCCUGACGGCAGCACACAUAAGCUGGCGACUGGUAUUAGUGUUGCCAAUGGCCUGUGCUGGGACCUCAAAGAGAAGGCGUUCUACUACAUAGACUCAAUGGAGUACAACGUCAGGAGAUACGACUAUGAUGUGGAAACCGGAGAUAUCUCGAACCUGAGCUACGUGUUCUCGCUGAAGGAUCACGAUCUAGACAUGAUCGCGGACGGCAUGACCAUCGAUACAGACGGUAACCUGUGGAUCGCGCUCUUUGGGGGUCAUCACGUUGUGAAAGUCGACCCCAGAACCGGAACACUCUUGGAAAAGGUCCCAAUACCAGCGAAACAAGUGACGUCGGUAACCUUCGGAGGGCCAAACCUAGAUGUGCUGUACGUAACUACUGGGUGUCUGGACUUUGAAGGGCCCCAACCCCCUCCUGCGGGGGCCACAUUCGCCGUUAAAGGGACCAACGCCAGAGGCUAUGAGAAUGUGAAUUUCAGGAUUCAAGAAUCGACUGGCGCCCGUUAAUGGUAACUUCGGUCGGGUUCGUACCGCAAUAUGCAGCAUAAGAAGUUUUGA